UUCACGUUUGUGUCUCCCAGUGGGCAGCCAUGCACCCGGAUGCCCUGGAGUCCGCCGGCAGGGUGGAGGGCUUGUCCCUGUCCGCCCCCCAAACCUUGCCUGACCCUGAGGAAGAGGAGGCAGAGGUGAUCCGGGUUCUGAAGAGGAAGGGCCGGUACCGCCAAAGCCUGCAACUGCUGAAGCCCUUCAGAAUUACCCACAAGCAUCAGCACCCUGUGGACAAUGCUGGCCUCUUCUCCUUCAUGACCCUGCACUGGCUCUCCCCGCUGGCGUGGAGGGCCCACAAGAUGUCCAGCUUGGCUAUAGAGGACGUGUGGGGUCUGUCCUGUCAUGAGGCCUCCGACACCAACUACCAGAGACUGGAGACGCUGUGGCACGAGGAGCUGAAGAACCGGGGGAGAGAGGGUGCCUCACUGGCCCGGGUGUUCUGGAGGUUCUGCCAGACCCGCAUGCUGGUGGCCAUAUUUGCCCUGCUCAUCACCAUGGUGGCGUGCUUUGUCGGGCCAGCCCUCCUGGUGCGGGCAUUGCUGGAGUACUCCCAGAGUUCUGAGAGUCGGCUGCUGUACGGGCUGUCCUUGGUGGGUGGAGUCUUCCUCAUGGAGCUGACCCGCUCCUGGUCUCUGGCUCUCAUGUGGGCCGUCAACUACCGCACAGCCACCCGCCUCCGGGGGGCGGCACUUGCUUUCGCCUACCACAAAAUUCUGCGGCUACGCAGCACCAAAGACAUCAGCCCUGGGGAGCUGGUGAACAUUUGCUCCAGUGAUGGUCAGCGUCUCUUUGAAGCAGCAACAGCAGGCUGUCUGUUGGCCGGGGGCCCACUGAUAGCGGUCCUGGGGCUCUCCUACACUACUGCUUUCCUGGGACCCACUGCUCUGGUGGGGUCGGCCAUCUUCAUCUUCUUCUACCCUUCCAUGACACUAGCCUCCCGCCUGACUGCCUAUUUCAGGAAGAAGUGUUUGUUGGUGACUGACCGGCGGGUACGGCUCAUGAAUGAAAUUCUGGGCUGCAUUAAGUUCAUCAAGAUGUACUGCUGGGAGUCUGCCUUUGCUCAUAAUGUCCACAAGGUGCGAUCAGAAGAGAGGGGCAUACUUGAACGUGCUGGCUGUGUUCAAAGCCUAACAGUGGGCGUGGCUCCCAUUGUGGUGGUCAUCGCCUGUGUGUGCACCUUCACCCUGCACAUGGCUCUGGGCUAUGAUCUCACAGCAGCUCAGGCCUUCACUGUUGUUGCCGUCUUCAACUCCAUGACCUUUGCCCUAAAAGUCACGCCCUUGGCCGUACGGUCUCUGUCAGAAGGUGCUGUGGCGGUAAAGCGAUUUCAGAGGCUUUUCAUGAUGGAGGACCGGGAGGUGGUGACAGCGAAGACGGAGGACCCCGGGAACGCGGUGGAGUUUCGCGUGGCCACGCUGGCCUGGGAGAGGGCCCGCGGCCCCGCGGGGGUUGGAGCGGGGGGUGGUCGGGGCGGGCAGCCCCAGAGGCCGCGCAGGAAGGGGGGCAUGGAGCGCCUGUUGCGCAGGGAGAAGCUGAGCCUGUACAUCAUCGCGGAGGAGGGCAAAAGUGGCGGCGAGGCGCAGAACGGCCAGCACCUCCUUACCCACAUGGAGCAGGAGAGCCCCCAGAGCACCGUGUCCUCCACCCAGAGCAUCCGCCCGCCGCUGCACAAAACCCUGCACCGAAUAGACCUGCGUGUCCGGAGGGGGGCGUUGUUGGGGAUCUGCGGCGGCGUGGGGAGUGGAAAGAGCUCGCUGCUGUCUGCUCUGCUCGGACAGAUGACCCUGCUGGAGGGCUCGGUGGCCAUCAACGGGGGCUUCGCCUACGUGGCCCAGCAGGCCUGGAUCCUCAACGACUCACUGAGGGAGAACAUUCUGUUCGGGAAGGAGUACGACGAGGAGAAGUAUAGGGCUGUCCUGGAGGCCUGUUGUCUAAACCCUGACAUAUGUGAUCUGCCCUAUGGUGACAUGACUGAGAUUGGGGAGAGGGGUGCCAACCUCAGCGGGGGUCAGCGUCAGAGGGUCAGCUUGGCCCGGGCCCUGUACAGCGAACGCCCCAUUCUCCUGCUGGACGACCCCCUCAGCGCAGUGGAUGCACAUGUAGGGGCGCACCUGUUCCACAAUGCCAUCCGGGGGGCAGGAAAGGGCAGGACCGUGCUGUUCGUCACCCACCAGCUGCAGUACCUGGCUGAGUGUGACGAGGUGGUGCUGAUGAAGGACGGGCAGAUCGCGGAGCAGGGCACACACGCCCGUCUGAUGGACAGGGAGCGUGACUACGCCACUCUCUUCCACAGUGCGCAGCACGAGACCGUGGUGCGGAAGAAUCUGAAGAACAAGGCCAGGGCAGGGGUGGAGAAGGUAGAGCCACCCGCUGGUCCCAGCAAGAUAGUCUGUCCUCCGACCAAUGGCAACAAAGCAGAUCAACUGAUUAAAGCUGAGGAAAAGGGGUCUGGAGCAGUGGCGUGGUCUGUUUAUUGGGACUACAUCAAAGCUGCAGGAGGUCCCCUGGCCUUCAUCUUCAAUAUUCUCCUCUUCCUCUGCACUACUGGCAGCAUCGCCUUCAGCAACUGGUGGCUGAGCUACUGGAUCAGACAGGGCAGUGGGAACACAUCUUCGAUGCUGCAGAAUGACACAACGACAAGCAACAGCAUGAGGCAGAAUCCCUACAUUCAGUACUAUUCAACGGUAUAUGCUCUGUCCAUGGGGGCAGCGUUGUUCCUGAAGACCAUGCGCGGGCUGGUCUUUGUCAAGUGCACUCUCCGUGCUGCCUCCACUCUCCAUGACAAGCUGUUCCAGCAGCUCCUCCGCAGCCCCAUGGUCUUUUUCGACACCACGCCCCUCGGCCGCAUCCUCACCCGUUUCUCCCGUGACAUGGACGAAGUGGACGUGCGCCUGGUAAUGCAGGGGGAAAUGCUCCUCCAGAACAUGACAAUGGUGCUCUUCUGUAUGGGCAUGGUCAGCUUAGUCUUCCCCUGGUUCCUGGUCUCCAUCCUGCCCCUUGGAGCCUUCCUCUUCCUGGUCAACCGUGUCUCCAGAGUUCUGAUUCGUGAGCUGAAGAGGCUGGAAAAUAUCACCCAAUCACCUUUCACAUCACACAUCACCUGCAGUCUGCAGGGACUCUCUACUAUUCACGCCUACGGCAGGGGUCCGGACUUCCUGCACAGGUACCAGGCCCUGCUGGACACCAACCAAGCCUCUCACUACCUAUUCAGCUGUGCAAUGCGCUGGCUAGCUGUGAGGCUGGACCUGAUCAGCAUUGUCCUUGUCACCACUGCCGCCCUGCUCAUCGUCCUCCUACACGGCCAGAUCCCUCCAGCCUACGCAGGCCUGGCUAUCUCCUACGCCAUCCAGCUGACGGGCCUGUUUCAGUUCACUGUGCGUCUUCUCGCCGAGACCGAGGCCCGCUUUACAUCAGUGGAGCGGAUCACUCAUUACAUAAAGACACUAGAGAGCGAGGCCCCCUUACGAAGCACUGGCCCCUCCUCUCCUGCCACCUGCUGGCCACAGGAGGGAUGCAUCUCCUUUCAGAAUGUGGAGAUGCGCUACCGUGACGACCUACCUUUAGUCCUCAAGAAGCUCUCCUUCAGCAUCGGGCCCGAAGAGACUGUGGGCAUUGUGGGUCGUACCGGUUCAGGGAAAUCCUCGCUUGGCGUUGCCCUCUUCAGGUUGGUGGAGCUGGCAGGUGGCUUCAUCACCAUAGAUGGCAUCGAUAUUGCCCAGAUCGGCCUGGAGGACUUGAGGAGCAAGCUGUCAAUCAUCCCACAGGAGCCUGUGCUCUUCAUUGGCACCAUCAGAUCCAAUUUGGACCCAUGGGCCCAGCACACAGAGGAAGAGAUCUGGGAUGCCCUGGAGAGAACUCACAUAAAGGACACGAUCAGCCAGCUUCCCCAUUCCCUGGAGUCGGAGGUGACAGAAAACGGCGAGAACUUCUCUGUGGGAGAGAGACAGCUACUGUGUGUAGCCAGAGCCUUACUGAGGCGCAGCAAGAUCCUGCUGCUAGAUGAGGCGACGGCAGCUAUUGACACAGAGACAGACCGGCUGCUUCAGGAGACGAUCCGCCACUCCUUUAAGGGCUGCACCAAACUGAUCAUCGCCCAUCGCCUUAACACUGUGAUGAGCUGCGACAGAGUAAUGGUGUUGGACCAGGGGGAGAUUAUGGAGUUUGACACCCCCUCUACCUUGCUGGCCAAUGAGAACUCAAGAUUCCAUGCCAUGGUAGCGGCGGCUGGAAGGGAAAGUUAACACCGCAGACCACAGCUGAAGGAGGGGACUGAGGGGACUUGGCCCCAUGCCAGUAUCGCGCCUGCAUCACCCAGGACCAAAUGACAGAUGCUCUUGGUAUUUGUUUGCAGAGCUUCUCCUGGACCUGGCACAUAAUGGUCUGCACCAAAGCUGCUACUUAUUUAGGCAUUCAUCCAAAAGCAUGAAAUCACAUAAAAAGCAGUGACUAUGUUUCAGAGGACAAAUCAGAAAUUUCCAAAGAAUGUAAAAGCCAUUGAACCUCCCACUGGUCCUUGCUGCUGUGUUGCUGCAGUUUCUCUGUGGGAGGAAGCCAGAGGAACAAGCCUUCAUCAGCCUUCAACCAGAGCAAUUACUGAGAUUCCUCCAGAGAGACAGUGAAGCACCGAAUUGGCAGGAAGUUCCUUUUACUUUUCUCUGCCUCUGGAAAGCUUGUGAUAAUGCAUUGACUCCCAGUGGGGUCUGUUUUGUGCAAUUGGUUUAUAAACCUAUGUUCAUAGGGGACUUCCUUCCACAUUUUUGUGUGGGAUUUAAGCAUUUCUGUUGCUGUCCUUUAAAGGAAGUUUUUUUGUUCUCUGAUUACAUGAAUAAUUACUGUCUGGGCAAUAUUAGACACUUGAAAAAAGCCACAAAGUAUGAAUAUAUAUUCCUCAUCUGUUGAAUUCAAGUAGGCAAACCAAAGGUCCACCUUUAAUGUAAGGAUCAAUGUAAUUGUUUCACAGAAAUCAGAUACAGUAUACCCUCCUUGCUGACACAUACCUUAUCACCCAUGCACUGCAGAAACAGCUGUUUGACAAACAAAAAAAUGUAUAUUGUAUUUUGUGUGUCAGUGUACUGAGAGCGCUUACAGAGUCAGCUAAAUUAUAUUACAAUUAGCCUUAGCAGGUCUAUGCAUCUGUAGCUAUACAUCAUUCUGGUAGACAUGCUGAAUUACAGUCAGUCUUUGCCUUACAAACUGGAAGAGGAUAGAGAAGACAGUCUUAUUGCUGCAAUGACCUCUAUUGUGUGGCAUUGGUAUGGGGUUGAAUCAAAGAGCACUCCACUUUCAGGGAGCUGUAGCUUGUGUAGCCUGUAUUUGGCACAACUUAGGGAUCUUUCUGUCUUCCCCAGUAAUACAGUUACACUAUGUGCAAACUAAGCUUAUUUCAGUGAUUGCUCCCUUUGAUUUGAAAUCAGGACUCAGCCACCCACUGGCUGUAACACUGGCCAAUACCAGUGCCUGUGCCAAGGUGAACAAGGUCGUUCUCAAAUGCUCUGGGAAUAAAUCGGUACAGAUCCUGGCAGGAGCUUGAAGCAGACCCUCUCACAGCACAGCGAGGGUUAUUCUGAUGGUACGAGAAACUCUUCCUGUAAGAAAGAGCAUUCUUGUUUGAUAGAGAAUCAAAAUGUGACUACCUACUGUAUAGGGUGAGAUUGACAGCCAUCAUAACUGGCAAUGUUUAUUUAUUUGCACUGCACCAGAGUAGUGUGCAUUUCUGAUAGCCUUAGUUCAAGACUUGCACAGUGCAAUAGAACCCCAUUGUUUGAACACACAAGUCUAUGUAUCAUUUACUCUAUGCAAAACAUUUUCAGGUGAAUAUUUGCACAAAAUAUAACGUGCCUCAUUGCAUAAGACAAAACAAAAACAGACUUUAUGCAGGGCACAGUAUCUUUAACCGAUUGAAAAUCACUGCAUGAGAUCUGGCAUGUAAUUACUGAUCUUAAGCAUGACUAAAGAAUA